AUGUCUACACGAGGAGGGAUUCACAUUGGCACCCCUCCGCAUGUUGGUAGCAGCCGCUGCUCGCCGCUCCACGAAGAGUCAGAGAUGGGAGAGUCCCCGCAUCCCGUCUCAAAGGUUACUUCUGCACCGAUCGCGCCACUGCCGCCGCAGAACUUUGGAGAGCCAAUCCCGGCUUAUGCUAGCUCGGCACCGUUCAACCCAUUUGAGCAGAUAUACCCUCAGGGUUAUGAUUACACAGGAGACCCCUAUUGGAUAGCUUCAAACUACAACUCUCUCCCACCUGAAGGUGCUAACGACUUUGAGGAAAAUGAUAACGAAGUCGAGGAAUGUGCUAAGGACUUUGAGGAAAAUAAUAACGAAAUCGAGGAAGGUGUAAUGCACUUUGAGGAGGGUGUUGACGACGACGAACUUGCUAACGAGGAAGGUGUUCACGACGACGAACGUGCUAACGAGGAAGGUGCUAAUGACGAGAAAAAAAAACAAAAAAGGUAUUUGGGUCACUUGAAGAAUUGGGUAUACAAAAGAGAAGUUGCGAAAGGUUACGUCAUUGUGACCCAACGAACGAUAACAAAAGGUGAAGGUUCAUCAGCAAGGACAGUGAAGAUAUGGUUGCAAUGCGAUCGUGGCGGCGAACCCAAAAGUAAAGCAAUAGUUCGGCGUUCCGGUAGCAAAAAGGUUGGCUAUCAUUUUAGUCUGAUAGGGAAACUAGACUCAAGUAGUGGUAAUUGGAGCCUUGUGGAGAAGAAAAACAUUCACAACCAUGAGCCUGUUGAAUUUCUCGAGGGCCACGCGUUUGCUAGAAGGCUGAGCCCGGACGAAGAAUCACUGGUGGAGAGACUUUAUCUGCAAAACAUGGAGCCUACAAAUAUACAUUUAACGAUAAGAAAACAGUACCCACAUAGCGUGUGCAUUCUACAAGACGUACAAAACAUGAUUAAAAAGAUUAAACUCAAAAUGUAUGGCGAUCGAACUCCAAUGCAGAUAUUAGAGAGCAUGUUGCAAGAAGAAAGGUAUGUUUAUUUCACCAGAGUGAAUCCCUCCACAAACGCAGUCGAGGAGGUUUUUUUCGUUCAUCCGGACUCGUACAACACGUGGCGUACAUUCCCACAUGUAUUGAUGAUUGAUGCUACCUACAAGAUGAAUGAAUAUAAGCUUCCGUUUAUUCAAGUUGUGGGUGUGACAUCGACACACAAGUCUUUUUGUGUGGCUCAUGCGUUUGUCUCUAAGAAAUGUUGGUAG